AUGGCUCCUGCGGCUGCGAAAGAUAGCCCGUUCCCGCUGACUGAUACGGAUCGGUGGGUACUGGCGCAGACGGACGGAGAAUACGUCCUGCACGACUGGGCCAAUCUCAAGACAAUCAUCGAUGCCAAUGACUUGGCUAUUCUCCGGAGAAAGCCGUCUGAUCUGCGACGGUACAUGAAGUGGACAGCCGACACGAAGGCUGAAUAUGGCUCGAUCACUAACUAUCUCAUCGCCCACCGACUGCCCAAGGCCUGGGGCAGUCCGCCCUAUGUCCCGACAUCCACCACGCCUUUUGCGCACCCUAGCGACUACCAGGUCUUGCUCAACGACUGGCCUUAUGGCCUGACGCCAGACGUCACCCACAUGGUCGUCUGGACCCGCACCAUGAUCCCGACCGAUUCGGAGACAGGAGAUAUGACGCCCGAGAGCCGAGCUCGAGUGGCCGGGUUUGUGAAACGAAUUUUUACCGAUCAGAUCGACGCUGUCGAAGACGGCGGCGACGGUGACAGCCGUGUGUUGUGGUUCAAGAACUGGGCCCAGCUGCAGAGUGUGCGCCAGCUUGAGCAUGUUCACGUCCUGGUCCGCAAUGCAAGCCCGGAGCUGUUGAAGGCGUGGACGGCAGAGCCACCAUGUCACACGCACGAGAGCAAUAUCGGUUUUAAGAGGGGAUGA